UGUGAAGGUGACCACAAGACCAUUGCGAAAGCCAUAAAAGACAGAGUUUCUCUAAUCAAUCUUAAGAGGGCUCAGCGGAAGCAGGUCAGAGAAGAUCAGGAGAAGAGAAGGCUUGAAGAAGAACAGCAAUCACAGCAAACAGGCCAACAGUCUGGCAUGGAGGCGACUCAGUCACAGCCCGUUUCACAGCAUGCAUCUUACAUGCCUCCACAGCCUAACCAACACAGCUCACAGAUGUCUGUCCAACCGGCAGCUCAACAGGGCCUUCAGACGUCUAACUACAACACUCCUCAAUCGCAGGGCGUUUCUUAUGUUCCCCAGACAACUGGGCAAAUCCCAGUACAGAAUCAGAGCUUAGCUGCUGUUCAGCCAGAGUCCGAAGAGCCAGAGAGUGACCAGCAGCUGCAGCACACUGGAGGUGCUUGGGACAUGGGAGAUAGACUAGCAGGUUCCUCUGUUGUUACUGAGGCUCAGCCCUCUCAGUCUGGAGUAUCCUACAGCUCUUCCACUAGUCAGACACAGAGUGAUCCAAUUCAGCAACAGCAGCUGGCAGUGGGUGGUCAGUCUGAAGUUGUUCCUGUUCCAAAUGCCAACCAGUCCGUCCCAGUGACACCUGCACAGUAUGGAGUUUACUACCAAUCAUCGCUCCCCCCUCAGAUUCCCUCUCAACAAUCGACAAUGGCCCCAUCUUCUCACCCGCAGCAGCAGUCAGAGAGCACCAGUGCUCCACAGAGCUCUCUACAAUCACAGGCACAGACAGGAGCUCAGCAUUUACAGUCUUGGCCCAAUGAUCCAAGUACUCCUACCCUGUCUCCACCACUCAACGCAGAGCACCUAUACUUCCUCUAUCAGGCCUCAUGCCUUUCUGUUGUGCAGGCUCCUGUGAGUGUUCCUCAGUCCACACCAGUGGAGCAGCCAGUGGGAUCUUCUUCCCUAGCACCACCGUCUGUAGAUAGCUGUCCGUCAGAUGCAGCUUCAGGUCUUAGUGAUGGCAAUGAUGGUUCUACAUCAGGAGGCCGCCAUGAGGGCCGUUCGCUGAAGCGGCAACAGCGGCGAUCUGUACGCAGUCGCUCUCGCCAUGAGAAGACGGCAAAGGCCAAGCUAAAUGUUCUUAGUAUCUCUAAUAUGGGAGACAGAGUAGCAGAGUGCCAGCUGGAAACACACAACAGGAAGAUGGUGACCUUCAGAUUUGAUCUUGAUGGAGAUAAUCCAGAAGAAAUUGCCCAGAUUAUGGUUGAAAGUGAGUUCAUCUUGGAGACUGAGCGAGAAUCAUUCAUUGACCAUAUCCGUGAGGUCAUAGAAAUGGCUGAUGAGAAAGGAGAGCGCAUGAAGGACAGCUUUCCUCAGAUGAGCGACCUUCAACAACAACCUGAGUUGUCUGUUCCCAUGCUACCAGGUAUUUCCCCCAGCACUACAGCCCAGGUGGUGCAUUCAGCAGGACGUAGGUUUAUCGUCAGCCCAGUGCCAGAGUCUCGACUCAGAGAACAGUUCUUUGGAGGCGCUUCAACCAAUACCUCAGUUGGAGAAGAGCCUGCUACAGCUCCUUUGGUGUCAUUGGGCCUGUCUCUCUCUGCUCCAUCAGCAACUCUCCAGCAGGCCUUUAAUGAAGUAAAGCAGACUCGUAUUCAGAAAGGCAAAACAUUUGAUGCCUCUGCUGCUGAGCAAGAAUCAGUCACUCCCCACUCCGAGGCUGUCCCAAGCUCUAACAAUAUCACGACUUCUGUCGAGUCUGUAGCUUCCACCUCAACUCCCACAUUUCCUUCUCUGAAGUCUGGUGCAGCAUCCUCGCCACCUUCGUCAGCUUCACCUGGGAGGGUUUCCCCUACACCAGUGUCUGUGCCACCCCAAACUGCUGGGAGUGACUGCAGUCCACCACCUCAGUCCUCCCAUGAAACGACCCCUUCACAGUAUCCAAUAGCUGUUAACGUCCCUCCUUCCUCUGUUUCUCCUCCAUCUACACAGCCCUCUGUCCCUGCAGUAACUGGAUCUCAGCUGGGCAAUAGUUCUAUCUCCUCUGGCUCAUCCAGUACUACUGGAAGUGUUCCUGCACCAGAGCAGCAGCCAUUUAAUAGUGCUGUUGCAUGUUCUCAGCCGGUGAAUUCAUCCAACCAUGCACCACAGAAUACAGCCACCCAGCCCCCACUCCCCACCAACCAAAGCCAAGCCCAGCAGCAGCCAGUGGAGUCAGAAGGGGCUGAGAUUCAGACAAAGACCGCUGGCAGAGAUGACAUCCAUGCCCUUGAGCAGAAGCUUCGGUCUCUUUUUAAAGACCAGAGCUCUGCCUCUUCAGCACUGGAUUCCAGUCAGAAUGCAGGGACCUCCUCUCCUCCCACUGGGACUUCUUCCCCUCCACCCGGACCUGCCCCUGUGCCCCCUUCUAAUCUUCCCCUCACCUCUGGGGCACAAAGUGUUCUGGGCCCGACAACCACUCCAGGGCAGAUUGUAACUGUGGCAGGACAUGCCCAGACUCCUCCAACGAAGCCCAGAGCACAGACUUUGCCUGGAGGUUUUGACCAAAUUUCUACAGCUUCAUCUGAUGUGCCCCCAUUUCCUGGACCAAAUCAGCAACCCCUGGAUAAUUUGGAUGCCCAGUUGAGAAGAGCUUUAAGUCCAGAGACGGUUCAGGAAGGCAAUGGUGUCAUUGUAGGACGUUUCCAAGUCUCUAUUGCUCCUGAUGGUGCAACCAGCAGUGCUCAAGAUCCAUCCAGUGUCGUUUCAUCCUCUUCCCAGACGCCGUCCUCAACGUCCUCUUCUUCUUCUUCCACCUCUUCCUCUCCCUCCAGUCCAGAAAAUACCUUUCACCGAUCAACUCCUCUGCCUAAAGGACUCAAUGAAGUUAAUGCUGUCGAUGGGGGCUCUUCUGUUUCUGAGGGUCAGCCCACCACUAUUGGGCGCUUCAUAGUGUCCACGAGCACCAGUGCGACAUCUGAGCCAACCGCUGCCACUGGCUCUAAAGUGGGACGAUUUUCAGUCACAGUGACCCCUGGUCCAGCAGCUAGCUCCAGUCCAACACAUGACUGCAGCGUGCAGAAUGGACCAUCAUCCUCAACUUCUGAUUCUCAUGUCACACAUCCACAUUAUAGUAGUGGGAAUGAUGAUGACUCGGAGACUGAUGAUGAAGCCUUGCAAAAAGAAAUCAGUCGUCUGAGGGAGAAACACAUGAUGGAAAUUCAGGCCUUGCAGGCUCGUCAGAAAGAGGAGAUAGAGGGCCUGUUCACUCGCAUGGGAAAAACUCCUCCUCCUUCUGUGCUCUCCCCUGCUGUGGCCAUGCCCGGAGGACGACGAAGGCUAAAAAGCAAAAGUCACAAAUCUGCUCGCAGUAGUGGACAGCCCAGCCCUGUACACUCAGCUCAGAGCCAAGGUUCAGAGUCCCCUCCAAAGCAAAGUUCAGCCUCAGUAACAGAGACCUCAGAAAUUGCAGCAGAGUCUGUAACACGGUCACAGCUCACAUCCUCUCCAUCCAUGCCAAGUCUCAGCAAUUGCUCCACAGGAUCAAGUGGGAUCAGCUCCACAAAUGGUUCAGGACACUUGCAGGCUGAGUGUUCUACCCUGUCCCAGGCCACUGGAACCCCUCCUGCUGGCUCUAACACCCAGAAGGGUAAGGGGACCUUCACUGACGACCUGCACCAACUGGUGGAUAACUGGGCCAGGGAUGCCAUCAGCCAAUCCCAGGGGAAGAGAGGCCCUAAAACUGGAGCACAGGGAGGGUUGGGACUUGAUAUCAUCCCUCCAGCCAACAUUGGCCGUAAAUUCUCAGCUCCAGGCUAUCUCGGCCCACCACAUUCCAACACCACAUCCACUCACCUCCCCAACCCAACCAAUCCCUCUGCUUCUUUGGGUCCUCGCAAAGGCUCCCUGGGUCCAGUUGCCCAGGGGUACGGAUAUACUUCAGUCUCGUACAGUGCUCCUCAGUGGGCAGGACCCACACCCACAUGCCAGAUGGUUAACCCGGGACAGCUACAAACACAGUACCAACCAUCUACAGCAACUCCAGUAUCUCUGCACCAAGGUUAUCAAGUGGGAACUACAUCAGCCCCCCAGAAAUCAGUCAACCCUGGAGGGUCCAACCUGAGGCCUACGUAACCCAGUCUGAGCCCUGAUUGAGGCUGAGAUGAAGGGCCACACAGGGCAGAGGGGACCAGACAGUUGUAGACUGAGAUCACAGCCUCUCUUUGUGGCUUACUGGCUAACUGGCUUGGUAUUGUGCAUUUUAUUUUUAACUUUUAUCAUUGUGUAUUUUUUUUUUUCUUUAAUAGCUGACCUGUGUCGUUCAAGUCCUCUCAGGCAGAACAAAGUCUGUCUGGCAAUUGGAGGGAAAGUGCAAUAGACACCCACAGCACAAAAAGUCUCACACUUAUCCUGCCAUUAGCUGUGGAAACGAGCUGUGACGUAUUGGCCCAAAGGCACAACGAACAGCAGCCAAAGAUGUUGCUGGAGAGCCGAUCUUUGAAGGGGAGAAGUUGGUGAGGGAUUGUGGUUCAUAUCCUUAUUUGUCUGGACUUUAAGCUGAGCUGGGACUUAAGAUUGUUCCAGUAGUCCACCACAGAAAUCUGUGUGCACACACACAGACUAUACAUCGAACUGGUUGGGAUUGGUUUGGAGGGUAGGUUAAGUGGUCUGUUAAGGAGGAGGAGAGAAUGUGAGUGUACAGAGAGUGGGAUAGUUGGUUUGUCCCUGAUGGAUAAGUACUGUGAAUGAUGCUUAGGAGAAGAAAGACUUGGAAAGUUAGGAGUGUGAUGGAGGGUAGCAGUAUGAAUACAUCCCAAUAAAAAUGCAAUAAUAGCAUAAUCGACAAACUGCCCCUUGUAACUGUGGCCUUAAUCUAAAAGAAACACAUUGGCUUUGUACAUAGACAUUUCUUCACUGGGUUAUGAUUCUAUGUUAAACAUAUUUAUGUCUCUGUGAAAGUCUGGUGUCGUGUGACUCGAGUUGUCUAUCAUACAGAUUUCUUAUACUGAUUUAUUCAUGCGAGUAGAUCUGCGAGAUAAUAACACGUGGUCCUGAUGUUGACCACCAUUCAGAGAAUUGAAGAGGUGAUGCUGCUGUAGAUCACAAUCUGAGUAUUAGGUGUUAGCAGGGUGACCCCCCCCCCCCCCCCUUUUUUUUUUUCUUUCGUUUUUUCGGUAAGGGACACAUUAAACCACUUCACUUAGUGCUUAGCUGUGAGAUAUGUGCAGUUCCUAAUCUGCUUAUCAUAUCAUACAAAGUAAGAGUUUUGUCAGGAUAGUAUUUGAGGAGGGUUUCAUACUCUUGAGGGGAGCGAGACCACUUCUUGAUCCAUUUUUCUUUUCUUAGAUGGUGCACAGUACAUGUAUAAACAGCUUGUUACUGAACUCAUACGUCCCAAGAUAUUUUUACCCAUAACAUCUAGCUGUGGCCUCUGAAAUCACAAGUGUCUGGGGUUCUCUCUUUCUGUGGUCUGUUUUUUGUAUGCGUAUAUUUAAUAAACAACAACGUUCUUUAUGGACUUGUAUUCAGCCAUCAGAUUUUGAUGUUGUUUCACUGUAAUUAUUAUUAAAGGUUGUUAAACAACAUGUAAAGGAAUAUUAAAAAAAAGUGCAAUUGCAGGGUUGUUAUUGGUAUCAUACUCACCAUGCAGGAAUAAUCCUGCAGUUUAUUAAGCUUGUCUCUUUAUGACUGCCCUGCCCCCCUCCUUUUUUUUGGCUUUUUUUUUCUUCUUUUUUCUUAUUGUAAAUAUAAUUGUGAGGUAAAUGCUUUCAGUUUGCUCUCACUAGAGUAUGUUCGUUGUGACCCAUUCUUAAUGCACAUGCACUCUAACCUGUAAACAUGAGGAACACUUUAGUGCCUUGCAUCCUCACUAAUGAGAAGUUCCAGAUCCAUCCAGUCCUGUAGCUGUGACUGUAUUACAGAAAACCAGUUUACUAAACCAGUAUACAGUUUAAACACCACCAGAUGCAGCCAGCUCAGAGCAUGCAAAACUGAGGUAGGUGCCGCAUGCAGGACAAAGAGCACACUUGGUAAAGUGGACAGUUUCUUUCCUCUCUACAGUUACCUUUGUGUUGGUUGUUCGAUCAGCUGUGUAUUUGUAUUUGGCACACGUGUACGCGGGUUUGGACGGUAUUUGCUUUUCCAGAUUUAUCAUUAAACCUUUUCAUAGAAGAACUUGUUUGGGCAGUGAGCGAGCUGCGCAAAGGUUUGAAAUUCUGUCGCGCUAACCCGACUUCUAUCUCACCACCUCACGAGUGCCAUGCUGUCAUCGUGAUUUUUGGUUUUUUUGCCUGCUUGUAGAUUGAAUGAAUAGUUGAACUUCUCUAGAGAAAAAAAUAAGUUACUGCAAUGCAGAAUAUGCAAUGUUCAAAGUUUUGUAGGGACUGAGGGGUAUUGGACACAUUUGCAUGCUGAUGAGGGUUGUUACAGAUUUCAAUGUUUUUGAUAUUGGAUUAUUUGUUUUGUUUUUUUUAUUAUUUGCCUUUUUAUGAGUGUUGAUCUGCUCAAUUGCUAUUCAUUAAUAUCACAGGCACAACUUCAGUAUGAGACUAUCAGCGUAUGAGUUCUGCAUGCCGACUUUACUGGUGUUUAAUCUUACAAAUGGCAGCCAGUGCACCACUGUACAGCACAACCUCCCCACAAGAAGUUAACAUCCAUAUGCUACUCUGCUAUAUCAGUAAUUAUCACAGAUCUCUACAGUACUGUUUGAGCCUACUGACACGCAGUUAUACUCUUAUUUCUGAUCCCUCCUUACUGACUUCCUGUGAUCCAGUGUCUGUUUUGUGUAUGUUUUUCACAUUGUACAAAACUUAAAAAAAAUAAAAGAAAUCAGGUAAAA